AUCAAUUUGCUGCAAUGUUUUUUAAUCAUAAUUUUUUUAGAAUGAAACUGUUGUUUUCUCUUUUCCUUGCAGUGUUGGUUGCCGGGGUGUUUUCCUCCCCUAUCGAGAGGAACACUGGCUUUGUCCCAAAUCAGAACCGUGUUCGUCAGAACCAGAUCCAGAACAGAGACAACGAACAGUCUGCUGAGACCACCACGGAAGUCUAUGCUGAAGAGGAUGAGGAUGUGGAGGAGGAGGAGGAGCUAGGCAUUGAAGAAAAUAAAAAUGAGAAGCCUGCCCUUGUUGAGCAGUGGAGAGAGGAGACGGUGGAGGAACACUCCCAAGAUAACUUCGAAAACAACUCUGAGGAAGAGUCUGACGAAGAUCAAGAUUCCUGGCCUCACAGCACUACGGUGAACAAAAGAGUCCAGUCAAACACCGCAACAGAUAAAUUCGGAGACAAAACCUCCAACGAAGAUAAAGUUGACCCUCAUUCCGCUAGCACAAUCACCCGGCAGUACAGACAAGUUAACCCAGUGUUUGCCGGACAGCAGGACGUAUACGAAGACCAGGAAGAGGAGCAGUUCAAUCAGAACCAGCAGUUCAAUCAGAACCAGCAGUUCAAUCAGAACCAGCAGUUCAAUCAGAACCAACAGUUCAAUCAGAACCAGUUCAGCCAGGACAGACAAGUUGAAGAAACAACCUUGUAUUACACUGAAGAUAACUUUGAGUCCCUAAACUAUAAUGAGGGUGAGCAGGAGCAGGAGCAGGAAUAUGAACAGGAGCAAGAGUAUCAGGCAGAGGAGGAGCAAGAACAGCCUCACAGUGGAUUCUUUAAACAGCAAGCACAGAACAGCCCUCAUCAGUUCACCAACCAGAACCAUCAGAACAACAACUAAUACAAAAAAUAAUCUUAUUAAAUAAUAUUAUUUAACUCUAAGACUGUGAAAUUGUGUAAAUAAAUAUAAAAUGUUAAAACGUUUGCUAUAAGUCUUCGCUGUUUAUAUUAAGUAUACAGUGAAACACAUAAAUGUAGAAUAGACCUUCGCUUACUUUU